AUGACGUGGACGGCUGACGACGACGACGCGAAGUGCAGCAACGGCUUUGUCGGGGUACAAUCAGAGAACAUCUGCUGCCAUGUUGACUGCGGUACGUGCGGCGGGAGCGAGUGUAGAAGGAGAGGAAAAGGCCUCGGAGCCGCCGACUGCUGCAGAAACUAUAUCAGCAAGAACGGAGCCCUGUGCUCGGAGAACCUUUCUGCGCCUUGCAUCAUGGAUGACGUGACCGGCAACACACCAGACGCCGAGGGAGAAGGGUGCUUCACAAUCACCGACCUCUACAAUUUCCGUCUUGAGUCCGACGGCAGUGCAAAGGGGCCCAUCUUUAACCUCGACGACAGCUACAAUACUGUGCUCAACCCCAAGGUCUUGUCAAACAAGUGGCUUCUUACCGCCGAGCUACACAUUACUGGAGGCGCUGUUUUCUACUGCCGCGGUUCAAGCAUCGGGGGAGACUGUGAUGAGCUCCGCAUCCAGUCCACUGGACCUACCGACUUCCAUGAGGUGCGCGCUCAUGGCGGGAGCAUGUACUUUGAAAGCACAAUCGUCACGUCAUGGGACACGCCCAACAAGACGCCACAGGCGACUUACGUUGGCGGACGGUCCUUCUUGAACUGUGUGUCGGAGAAGCUGACCGGCGAGGUAUGCGUAGGCCAGGCCCAGAAUGAGAUGGGAGAGUGCCGCAUGGACAUCAUAAACUCGGAGAUCGGCUACUUGGGAUAUUUCGAUUCGGAGUCGUACGGCCUCACCUGGAAGGUUCGCGGGUUCUGCAAGGAUCUCUCCAACCCGGACGUUUUCGACACAACGAACGUGUAUGGAAAUCUGAUAGGCUCCGACAUCCACCACAACUACUACGGCCAGUACUCAUACGGGCACCAGGGUGGGGUGUGGCACAACAACCAGAUGCACGACAAUCACCAGUAUGGCUUCGACCCGCACGAUGACUCCGACUACCUCACGAGUAUCAUCGCUUCGAAACGCUGCAACAACGUCCAGAUCUACAACAACGAAGUCUACGACGGUGGUCCUUUCGCUGCCGGGAUUUUCCUCCACCGCAGCUCGGACUAUGCCAUUGUUCAUGAUAACGUGGUCCACGACAUGCAGGACGCAGGCAUGGCAAUGCUGGAAUCGAUGAACGCGGACAUCUACAACAACAGGUUCUCCAGUGUUAAGUUCGGCAUCCGCUUGAGCUUGGGCUCAUCCGAAAACCACGUGCACGAGAACCUCUUCGAAGACGUAUCGACACAGGGCCUGUACACGUACCAGGGGUCUGACGAACCGACCGACGGGGUCAGCGACGGACGCCCUAGCGAUAACUUGUUCGAGAACAACAGGAUCUUGAACGUAACUAAAGGCGUUAAGAUCAAGGAGGGGGAUGACACAGUGAUCACCGAUAACGUGUUCACCGGUACGUCGGAGCUGGAAUUCUUCGACGCUCAGAACACCCGGUGGAAAGGAAAUACCCUUCCCCAAGGAGUCUGCAUCAAAAAUAUCCACUCCGACGACGGAAUCGACAUUGAACUGAGCACCUUCGAUCGGCGCACCGCCGGUCUUCCUACCUUGGAGUGCUAA